UGCGCGGUUGUGAUGUCUGUAUAACGAUAAAUUUUCGGAUAGAUUGGUGCGUUUAGUGCCUGGAUCAUGUGGCUGUUUUGUAGCUUCAUUAAGAGCAAGUUUAUUUUACUUAAUAUUAGCUAUCUGGAAAAUAAUUCUAGGUGUGCUUGUAGAUGUGUUCAUAAUAAGCGAUGAAUAGGAAAUCUCAUGAUUUUGUGAACAUACAUACACUGUAUCAAUACAAACAUAUUGAUAAAAUACAUAAGUGCCGUGAAGUUGCAUAUAUUCAAAGGUGUCUUAUGCAGACGUGUGUGAUAUACUGUAGACUAGCGAAGCAAGGUCACCGGUCUCUGUCUGAAGGGCUCACGUAUCUUCACCCGUAACGCUUGACAACAUGGGAACCCAAGUUCCACCUGAGGCCGGAUUUCCUGCACGAGCCACUGAGCCAUCUGUUACACUGCAAUCGCGACAUGGAACCUUGCAGAUUCAAAGGAAGUACAAGGUCAGUGUACUGAGAUAUGCCCAGCAUUUUCUCAUAAUGCAUAUCAGACCGUCGGUAUGAAAGCCGAGGUAUUUUCAGAUGCAGAAGAAGAGGAGUAUCCUGUGUCACUAACAUUGCCAGAAAUAGGGAUCGAACCUGAGAUUAUUAUGCAUGAACUUGAAACUUUGCCUGCUGAGAAUCUGCAGUUUUGCUGUGACGUGUGUAAUAAGUCAUUCUGUCGGAAGUGGGAUCUGAAGAGGCAUCAGCGCAUACACAGUGUGGAGCGGCCAUUCAGCUGUGGCAUGUGCAAUAUGGCAUUCACUGAUCUAAAUAGUCUGAAGAGGCAUGACCGCGUACAUAGUGGGAAACGGACAUUUUGCUGUGACAUGUGUAAUAAGUCAUUCAAGCACCCCACAACUCUGAGGACUCAUCAGCGCAUACACAGUGGGCAGUGGCCACUUUUCUGUGCCGUGUGUGAUAAGCCAUUCGAUCGUCAGAGUCAUCUGGAGGCACAUCAACGAGUACACAGUGGGGAGCGGCCAUUUUACUGUGACGUGUGUAAUAAGUCGUUUCGUGUUCAGGGUAGUCUGAAGGCACAUCAACGCAUACACACUGGGGAGCGGCCGUUUUGCUGUGACAUAUGUAAUAGGUCAUUCACUGACCACAGUACUUUUAAUAGGCAUAAGCGCGUACAUAGUGGGGAGCGGCCAUUUUGCUGUGAUGUGUGUAAUAUAUCAUUCAGCAUUCGGAGUAGUCUGAAGAGGCAUGAACGCAUACAUAGUGGGGAGCGGCCAUUUAUCUGUGACCUGUGUAAUACGUCAUUCAGUGUUCGAAGUAGUCUGAAGAGGCAUGAGCGCAUACAUAAUAGGGAGCAACCAUUUGGCUAUGAUGUGUGUAAGGUCAUUCAUUCUUCAGAGUCAUCUGAAGACACUUCAGCUGACACACAAUAAUGUAUGUAGCAAAUCAUAGAACAGUAGAGAUGGGUAUAGAUUAAAGGAACAGUAUGUAACUUGUAGCACGCCACAAUAUUGCAUUUUGAAAGUAACACAGUUUUACUCAAUGUUAAACGAUGCAUGUUACAAGAUAGUAGUAAAGUUGUGAGUAGCUGCUUACCCUUCUAACUGGCAUUAAAGGUGAACUGAGUCCCAUGGUACAAAAGUCAAUGCAUAUCAGCAUCUGUCUGAUACUGUCACGUUUUUAUGGCUCUGUGCCUAAUAAUAACGGGUUUUGGGUUGGAUGGUUGGAUUUAUUAGCUCCUUCUUUUGCAACCUCUCUUAAUCGCAAUCAAUUAGGCUGCCUAAGACUCGCUCCAUUCUAGCCAGACUACGACUGCCUUCUCUUCUAGUCUGUCUUUUACUGUUCUCGUCUGGUUUCCGACUGACUGACCUUCUACAAAUAUACGAAUUAAUUACUUCUUGGUUCUCCUUUCUACUGUGACUGCUCCUGUUCUUAUCUGGACGGCAGCUUGUACGGCGUUGCGUAUCGUGCAUGUUUUUUUGCUUGCUCAUAUCCAUGGGCAGGCCUGUUGAUUCCGUAGCAAUGAUCUGGUUUCUAAGAGUCUAUAACUUCCACUCCCGUAUAUUUCCGCCCUCUCCUAGUUAAAUGGUUAAGGCUGACGUAACCGCACGCCGAAAGUCGUCUUGUAGCAUCUUCGUAGAUUGACGCGGUGAUGUAGCCUUGCUUGGGGUGGCCACAUAGUCGUUCCCUUACCUUGGUGAUGUCUUUCGUAAACUGUAGACGCUGCUGCGGGCGAGUCACUCUGUAUUUACUGCCAAAUGGCAUACUCUUAAAUCCAGGUGUCGUAAAUAUUGGGCGCCAUCUUUCUUGCCGGAGAGCACUAGAUUUAUCUCAGAGUCUUACGCAGGCUUUGUUGCGGCAUGUGAGUCAAACAAAAUAAAAAACAACACGUCACUAAGCACUCAACACUUUAUUAGAUAAACUUUGCUAGAUAAACUUGUAACUCUUAACACUUUUACGACACACCUUAAUAGUACCUUAGAAAGUUCAGAACCUUGUGUUACGCCACAGAGAGUCGCGCAGUCCACCAGGUAGCCACCAGAGUGAUGUCAUACUCAAUUACCAACAGUUCCGAUUGGCUGUUGAUUCCCGGUACAUUCCCGCUUUACGAACUCCAGCAGCAAGCUUUGCAUCAUACAUUCUUUCGAAAUCAUUCUAUAUGACGCAAUAUACUUGAACAAAGCGGAAUCCCGGAAUUAUAAAACUUCACAAGUUACGCCACAUUACGUAACCCUCUACGCAGCGUAUAGUCUAUUGAACAAUAUGGCGCGUAAUGAUAUAUUUCAUUACAUUAAUUCAAACAAUAAUUAAACCUUACAAAAUACAAUAAUUACCAACUAAAUAUUUGUAUACAUAAAUCUGGCGAAAUAUGUUACCAGGAGGAGUAAUUUGAAUUUUGUUUGUGUAAUAAAGGGAAAUGAAACAAUAUUUACUUCAUAAUCGCCUUAAACUUGAA